AUGAAGGCUCGGUAUGGCGCCGAGCUCGCCAAGAACCUGCUGCAGAUGCUCGAGGGGCACGACGCGCUGCUCGCCCUGACAAAGAUCGCCUGCGAGCCGACGCCGGAUCAGGCUGCGAUGGACGACGUCGCCUACCGGCAUGGCCUUGCCGGUGCGACGCAACUCUGGACCUUCGCUCCCCGUCCCUUUGUCACCUCCCCCCCCCCCCCCCCGCAGCGUGCACAUGCAUGGCAGUCCGCGGAUGAAUCGAGCUGGACGAACAUCUGGAACGUGAUCCUCGCUGCCGGCACUUGGUACAUCAAAAAGCACGGCAACCUCGGCAAGUUCUCCACGGCCAAGCUGGAGGCGCUGGGCUGGGACGCGAAGCAGAUCUGCCGCACGUGCGUCAACUGGCAGACGCCGAUGGGGCGCGAGCUCCAGAAGAGGGUCAUGCGGCGAGCGAAGAACGGCGUCACGGGCGCCGACGGCGAGGACCUGCCGACGACGUCGCACUGGCAGGGCUACACCGGCUCGGGUGCCGAGCAGCUGCUGCGGAGGCUGUACUGCAAGCACGUGUCGAACUUCUCGGCGGGCAAGAGGUCGGCGUCGCGCCUCUCCGAGCUGGGCCGCGUCAAGUGCAAGUUGCCGGUCUCCCAGGCGCCGCCAGACGUCGGGUCGCGGCUCCCCGAUGGCCAGCUGUACAGCUGCCUGGGCCUCUACCGGUCCCUGUUCAUGGGGCGCGUGGCCAUCGGCACGCUCUACCGUAUCGACGGCACUUCGACGAAGGAGGCCCGCGCGUCUACGGCCACGCUCGCGCUCAUCGCGCUCGUCGUCGGUCCCGCGCGUGCUGUUCAGCCGCAACGGAUGAUUACGCACGAAGGGCUGCUGCCGGGCGAGCUGAGCGCCCUGCCACCGUGGCUGUCGGCGCUCGGCGUCUCCCUGGUCGGUCACCGAAAGGCGCAGCACAUGGUGCGGGGAAUGUCAAAGGUGACGGCCAUCAGCACGCUGGGCGUCACGGUGAACGUGACGGCUCUUGCCAAGGACGACACCAUCGGGCGCCUCCAGGACGAGUUUGCAAACCGCCGUGACGCCUGGGGACGCGAUUGCGGGGAAUGCGACGACUAUGGAAUUCGCCAUCUCACCUCACCCACGCCUCUCGUCCUUGACGUCGGCGGAAACAUUGGCUUUAUCUCCUCUCUCAUCGCACAUGUGCACCCCAAGUCGCAAGUCAUCGCCUUCGAGCCCUCACCAGUCACCUACUUCAUCCUCCGCAUCAACCUCUGGCUCAACGGCGUCCAUGUGCUUACAUCGGAAGAGCUCCAGGGGCGCCCGAAGAUCGGAGGCGUAUACCCAGUCUUUGGCGGGUUGGGAGCCAGUCGGGCGCCGUUCGAGUGGGUCAAAGUCUCAGGCGGUGCGCUCGCUAAGAGCCAGAACGUGAUGACAAGGUUCGGCAAGUCAGGCGACGUGCCCGCCUACCAUUGGGACAGUUUCAUGGAGUUGCAUGGCCUCACGUCUCGUACCUUCGACUUGGUCAAGCUCGAUUGUGAAUGCUGCGAGUAUCGCCUAGUGCCGCAGGGGUCGCGCUCUCAAGAGGAAACUCGAAAGCAGCCGGGGGCGUGGCACAUCGCCGUCGCCGUCGCCGUCGCCGUCACCCUCUCCGACAUAGCCAGGUGGGGUUUUCUUUUGGUGUGCUAG